CUGUUUCCCACUGAAACACAUCUCUGUUCCCGCCUAUAAAUACAUGGUCUGUUUCUGUGUAGGAUCCCAAAGCUAGCAUCCAACAAACAAGUAGCCUUCAACCCUACAACUACAAGGCAUAGUACAUCUCAUCAGAAACUCAGAUACACCUACACCGCUACACGGACCACACUGCUUGUUGCACAUUCGAAGAUGAUCGGUGAUGAACUGGAUUCAGAAGUUGUUGUACGCUACUUCAGAGGCAAGAGCAUCCUGAUCACUGGUUCAACUGGCUUCCUGGGGAAAGCGUGGGUGCUUGCUUUCUGCGUUUUCGUCGUCUCUUCGUAGUGCUUGCGGAGAAGAUACUGAGGGUUCAGCCGGAUGUCAAGAAGCUCUUCCUCCUUAUUCGAGCCGCCGAUGUCGAGUCUGCGAAGCAGAGGGUCGAGACUGAGGUGACAGGAAGGGAGAUCUUUCAAAUUUUGAAACAAAAGCAUGGUAAUGGGUUUGAAGGCUUCAUCCAAGAAAAAGUAUGCCCUUUGCCAGGAGACGUCAUGUAUGAGAACUUGGGCCUAGCCCCUGCCAAACUGAGAGAAGUAUGGAAAGAAAUAGACAUCAUUGUCAAUGGAGCUGCAACUACAAAUUUCUACGAAAGGUAUGAUGUGGCUUUCGACACAAAUGUCAUGGGAGCCAAGCGCAUAUGCGAGUUUGCAAAGAGGUGCAGCAAACUGAAGAUGCUGCUACAUGUUUCAACAGCUUAUGUAGCCGGUGAACAAGAAGGGAUAGUGCUAGAGAAGCCAUUCCAUUUGGGUGAAACCCUGAGGGAAGGCACGCACCUGGACAUCGAAUCCGAACUAAAUCUGAUAAAAGAGACCAGGAGAGAACUGAAAGCCAACCGUUCUUCAGAAAAGGCUGAGAGAAGAACCAUGAAGGAGCUUGGCCUCAAGAGGGCAAGGGAGUUUGGGUGGCCAAACACCUAUGUGUUCACCAAAGCCAUGGGGGAGAUGCUGCUGGGACACUUUAGAGGAGAUCUCGCAGUCGUCAUCGUCCGGCCUAGCAUCAUAACCAGCAUCCUGAACGAGCCGUUGCCUGGAUGGAUGGAAGGGAUCAGGACAAUUGACUCGUUCAUCGUCGGCUACGCCAAGCAGGCUUUGUCAAUCUUCUUAGUUGAUCUCGACUUGAUAAUGGACGUGAUUCCGGGGGACAUGGUGGUGAACGGCAUGAUGGUGGCCAUGGCAGCGCACUCGGAGGAUCAGACGACCCUGAGCAUCUACCACCUGACGUCGUCGCUGCGGCAGCCGGCGCCGUACGCCGUCCUGGCCGAGUCGGCCCACCGCUACUUCCUCCACAACCCGCCGCGCUCCGGCGGCGUUGGCAAGAAGAACAACAGCGGCGAGCCCGCCGUGCAGCAGCUUAGCAGGAUGCGCUUCUUCCGCACGCUCCCCAGGUUCCAAGCCUACAUGGCCGUCAAGUUCAGGCUUCCCCUCGAGGCCCUUCGCCUGCUCAACAUCGCCCUGUGCGGCGCCUUCUCCCGGCGCUACGACGAGCUCAGCAGGAAGUUCAGAUACGUCAUGCAUAUUGCAGAGCUGUAUGCUCCAUACGCCUUGUUCAAAGGAUGCUUCGACGACUCCAACACAGAGAGGCUGAGGGCGGCGACGGCGAACAACAACAAUAAUAACGGGCAAGACAGGAAAUAUGAUGACUUUGGUUUUGAUCCCAAGUGCAUAGACUGGGACGACUACUUCUACAGGGUUCACAUCCCAGGUGUUGUUAAGUACCUGUGUGAUUAGUUGAGAGAGAGAUAAAUGUAUCUCAUGUGUUUUAAACAAUACACAAGUAUGUCGGUGUGUGCGGUGUGUUGUGCUGCAAAUAUUAAGUCCUCUCAGAGAGGUGCAUUAGCAUUCUUGUUCAGUGGCUAUAAGGAAAGCAAGUCAUUAGAUUUCUCGUGUUACUACAUUCUUUUUGAGAAUAAUGGUACAGCUUUUACUUUGGUCCUAUAUGCCA